GAUCCCGAUGAAUAUAAAAUUGUAACAAUAUGAAAAUUGAUUUCUUUCACAUCUGUCCAUCAAACAAUACGAAAUUCGAACUUGAUAUGUAGUUUGCUACUCUGAAAGUACACUGAAACUUUCAAAUGAAUUCUCGCAAACAUGAGAGAAAAAAUCUGGAAAACCAAUGGGACAGACUGACUAAAAGACAGAGGGAUGGACCGACAGAGAAGAUACCUAUAGUCCUCCUCGGUUUUACAAACUGUUAGGGGACUAAUGAUGACAUUUGACUUCAAAGCAGAAUUGUCCAGUGAAUAUAUACUAAGGAAGUCUUCACGUCGAUACUUUCCUAGAGGAUCAUAUUCACCAAGAUGGCAGCCACUCGACGUGGUUGCCAUCCUGAAUUUAGUGUUCUAAUCACAAGAUUUUCAAAACUUCAAGCAGAGACAGAAUAAAAAUUAUAACAUAUACACACGAGAACCGUCUAUGAUUAACAGAGGGCAUUAGUACAUAACUUACAGACUCCACAAAAGGUAUAAUCCACCAUAUCAGAAAAACCUCGUGUUCACCCUUUCAGUCAACCAUGCGAGAAUUGACCAGUGUUUAGUUUACUGUGCAGCUUACUGUGCUAUACUAACUUCAAGAACUGAGGGUGUAGAUAUGAAUCUGGUUGUAAAGAAAUGAAUUUUCGAAUUUUUUGUAGAUCGUGAAUUUGUACACAAGGCAGUGAUGUUCCAAAAAGUCCUCUUGCAAAUUGUUGUUAAGAUUGCUAGCUCUCAAAAUACAAUGAUUUCAUUUCGGGACAGACCCAUCCUGAAAGAUUUUAAGGACAAAGGCUUUACCAAGAGCGGUGUUAUUUUGGAAAACCACUGCUUAGAUCAACUUCGAAGGUCAACUCAGCAAAGUAAAUGAUAAAAUUUAGGUUCAAAUCGUAAAUUUGAAAAUUUCAAAAUACAUACAACAAACACAAAACAAAAUAAAAGAACAAAACAAAUGCUAGUUUAUAUAACAAUAUCAGUUUUCCGGGAAAUGGUUUUCCCCUUUAGGUCGUUUCUCUUUUUUACCCUAAAUUGAUGCUUAUUGUCUCGGUGGUACCCCGAAAUUGUUGAGGAAUUUCCAUACAGAUAAUUUGAUUUUUGAAAAACUAAUCGUGCAUUUUCGAUGAAUACUUGGAUGUCACUGAUAAAGUUAUCAGUGUCCUGCCUACAUAUGUAAAUACAUAUAUUUACAUGUUGUUAUAACGAUGUGACUUUUUCCGGAAAAUAGUUCUCCCCUAUAGAUCUUUUCUCUUUUAUUACCCUGAAUUGAUCGUUAUGUCACAGAAAGAUAAUUCGUACCCUCAAGUAAAACCCAAGGUCACCCCCAUUUCAGUAUGACCUCGGAUCACCCUAUUUACUACGCUAUAAAAAUACUCCAACAAAAAAGUGAAAGUACAAUGCAGGCAAUGUGUAUUCCACACUACCAAAGGAAAAUGAAUAUUGAGCAAAUAAUUAUUGAUCAUUUACAUGUCAUCAUUUCUAAGCAACAAUAGCAUAAUUUUAAAAAUUAUGAUUCACUGUUAUCUGCAUCCCCCAGAUUUUCCCAAAUACGAGAAUGUUAUAUUAACCUAGAUUAUGAUAAAUACAAUGCAGUGAAAGAGAAAUUGAACUUGGAAUGGCAUCCUUUUAUUUAUCUAUUUCUUUGCAAUUUACUUACAGAUAAUUAUAAGAUAAUGUUGCACCUCGAAAGGGAGGGGGCUGGAAGGAGGAUGACCUCUGGUCUCCUUCUGAUUUCAGACAUGAAAAUUAAAUUAUGUUACUAUGAAUUAUAUCUUAUGAUGCUACAACAGAGUCAAGGUGAAAUGUUUAGAUCACCUGAGCCAAAGAGUAAAAUGAGCUUUUUAUGUGUAUGUUUUUGUAUUUUUUUUAUUUGUAAUAUUUAUUCAACUAUCACAUUUUAUAUCAAAUUAAUAUAUCAUAUAUUCAUUUUUCUUUAUCUACCGGGUAUAUUUUCACCAAACCUUAAGUAAGGGUUGUCCAAAUUUAUGUCCAGAUGGUCAAGGGAAAUCUUGUCUAAUUCAUGUUAUGGUUUGACUUUGUAAUUGUUCAUUAGAAUUGUUGUAAAUAGAAAUUAUAACAUAUAUAAGGCGUGUCUGUAAGAUGUGUAUAAGAGAUAACGGGAAGUAUGAAUUUCGGACAUAGAAGGAGAUUGGUCAUGUGGUCACUCUACCUGUUACUUGGUUAUGUAUUUGAGAUAGAAGUCGAAAUUUUUAAAAAGUGACCUAAGGUCAUCCAUACACUGAAAUGCCUGUUACCUCAGGACACCUUUCUAUGAUGUGAAAUUAUACAAAAUAUACUAUAAGGUAUACCAAAGGUAACCGUUGUAAAACUAGUGCAUCUCUGGGUGACCAAAUGUUUCCUUUAAAUGUGUAUUACAUUGAUGUGUGACAUUGAUGUAAAUAUUAUUUAAGGUUACUUUUGGUCAUACAUUGAUGUAAUGGUCAUUUAAGGGUUACCUCUGGUCACCCAUUGAGGUAAUGACCAUACAAGGGUUUCCUCUGGUUACCCUUUAUGUAAAUAUCACAAAAGGGUUACCUCUGGUCACCCAAUGAUGUAAUGGUCAUGUAAGUAGUGUUAAAUCUAAAGCAAACUAGAACGGCGCGGCGCCAUGUCCUUUUUGACUGGAGCCAUGUCCUUUUUAACUGCGCCAUGCCCUUUUUUCUCGUUUUUUUUCUUCUUCAAAAUGUCCGCCCUUUUCUCGGUAUACGGGCACUUGUUGACUGACAUACGGGCACUUCUCACCUACAUACGGGCACUUUUUACAAGCAUCAACAGAGACGCCAUAUUGUAUCUCGGAACUUACGUAUAUUAAUAGACGAAAAUACCGACAUCAGAGAGAUCCAAACGAAAGCGUAUAAAGCAGAACGAAAACAGGCAAAGAAAUGCAGACGGCUGUUCCAAUUUUUUAGCAGUUACUAUCUUUGUUCAGAACAACAUCACAGUGAAGAGAGCAGUGCACACAAGAUGGCUGAGUCAUGAUGCUGCUGUUCAGACUGUAAGGAAGCUGUAUUUGCCUAUAAUAACAGAUCUCGAAAAUGCAGUUUCAUCUGGACAUGACAAGGUGAUCAAGGAAAGUCAAGGAAUCCCAGCGAGCAGCCUCCUUAAGAUGUUGAAGUAAAUAUGAGAAGCUGUACUUCACCCAUCUUCUCUAUGAUAUAUGCAUUGCCUUGGCUUCUCCUACCAGGACCUUUGACCUAUCCACCAUAGAACCAAGAGUGACACAAACACUAUCUACCCUUAGGAAGAUGAAAGAGAGAGACCCUCCAUUCACAAGCUGAGUAUCAUCUGUGGCACAAGGAUUAGGAAUAAUAGUGGAAGAUGACAUUCUCCAGACUAUUAAAGCAGCCAAAAAUGAAUUCAUUGACAAUUUGAAUCACAACAUGGAGGACAGGAUGGGGAAUUCCACCUUGAUUGACAGUCUUGCUGUUCUCAACCUAAGCACUGUGGAUGAAAACAAUUUUGUCUUCUAUGGGGAUGCAGCAAUUUCCACCCUAGCAGUCCAUUUCAACUUGGAUGAGGAUCUGACAUUGCAUGAAUGGACUGAUAUGAAAUAAGGCAAUAGUAGCUAUAAGUAUGAUGACAACGGUUCUGUCUUUCUUAUUUAACUUGUCAUGCACUUAAUCAUAAUCUUAUAUAUGUAUUAUGUUAUAUUAUAUUGCCUAUGAAUCAUAUUCUGGAAAAUGUAUCAUGUUAAAUCAACAGCAAAAUAUAAAUGUAAAAAAGAUAUUUGUUGAUAUACACAGUUGUUCUUUAUUUCACAAGGGUGUCUGAAAAGUUUAAAAUCAUGGCAGCAGGUAUUAACUUUUAAAGAGGCUAAAUGAUUAUUCUAUUACUAUCGUAGCAUGAUACAAUGAAAGUGCCCCGAAAUUGUCUUGCCACGACGAAAAGUGCCCUUUUGAGUAUAUGAUGUGUGUGCCCUCUCUAGAUCCUAGAUUUAACACUAUGUAAGGGCUACCUUUGGGGAGAUCAGAGGUAAUCCUUGUAUGACCAUUAGUACAUCCAUAGGUUACCAGAGGUAACCCUUUUAUAACCUUUGCUUCUAUGGGUGAUAAACGGUUACCUUUAUCUGAUUGUUAAAUAUAUGAUGACCAGAAGUAAACCUUUUAUGAUCAUUACAUCAAUGAGUGACCAGAGGUAAUCCUUAUAUGACAAUUACAUCAACAGGUGACUAGAGGGAACCCUUAUAUGACUAUUACGUCAAACGGUGACCAAAGAUAACCCUUAUAUGAUAUUUCAUCAAUGGGUGACCAGAGAUAAUAACCCUUACAUGAUAUUUCAUCAAUGGGUGCCCAGGGGUCACCCUUUUAUGACCAUUCCAUCAAUGGGUGCUUAGAGGUAACCCUUAUAUGGCCAUUACAUCAAUGUGUGACCAGAAGUAACCCUUAUAUGAUAUUUGAAUCAAUGGGUGAUCACAAGUAAUCCUUAUAUGACCAUUACAUCAACGGGUGACCAGAGGAAACUCUUAUAUGACCAUUAAAUUAAUGGGUGGUCAGCGGUAACCCUUAUAUAAUCAUUACAUUAUAACAGUGACCACGGGUAACUUUUGUAAAUCCAUUAAUCAACAAGUUGGGAAUAAUUCCCCUAUAUGGAUAUGCUCCCAUUAAAGCAUAUUUUUAGGUUCUAUAUAAUUAUAAAGUAUAUUCAUCUAUAAGCAUUGAAACAAAAAACCACUCCUCAGAAAAAGAAAUAUAAAAUGAUAAUAAUGAUAGUAAUAAACAUAAGAAAAACAAAGAAAAGUGGAAAGACCUAAUAAAAGGAUUCAUAACAGAUUGUAAAUUGGUACAUGUAUGACAACGUCAUCCACAAAGUAGGCACAUUUACUCUUUUCUACCAGAUGAGUUUCACUUGUAUAUAUUAUUACGCGCAUUUACUUCGAGAUAUAAAAACUACUUUCCGCUGAUUCCGGGUUCUACUUGAGGGUACGAAUUAUCCUUCUGCCAUUAGUUCUCGAUGUGACUCAGAAUGUGGAAUUUCCGCACAGAUCACUUGAUUUUUUGAAAACUAAAAUGUACUUUCUAUUUGAUUACUCGGAAUUCCCUGUCAAUCAACAUCCAAUAUUGUAAGUAGCUCGCAGUAACAAGUGAACACAUCAGAAAGAAGGUAAAACAAUCCUGGUCUAAUAUAUGGAGUAUUCAGCGUAAGACUAUAUAUAGGUUUUAAAAGAUUUGAGGAUGGACAUAGAUCCAUGGGAAACACCAUCAAGCUGUCUGCCAUGUUUGCAAACUACUGAUCAGACCAAAAGUGAAACAAAACAAGAUAUUGAAGAGAAUGACUCAUCAGUGGUAAAUGAUCCAGUGAAGGAAACGAUCAACUGUUCCUUAUGUGCAGACAAGCAAGAUAGUGAUGUUGCUGAAGCAGAGUUACACUGCAAAGAUGAGGACAUUUUCUUGUGCAAUGAUUGCGGAAGACGACACAAACUAGACGACGCGACCAAACAUCAUGAGAUAUUGAGGCUUCAAGAUGGUGAAAUGAUUUGUGAUCUUUGUUUGGACUCCUCUAUCAUAGGUUAUGGUUAUUGUCAAGACUGCGAGGAUCCCGAAGUCUUUUGCUUACCUUGUUCACGACGACAUUGUACAGAAUAUGUCGACCAUACUAUCUGUACUGACUUGAGAUUGAUUAGAAAAAGUGGAAGGUCUCUUGAGAAUAUACCACAGGAAACUAAAGAUGAAAGUAUUCGAGAUAUUAACAGCACUGAAAAACAGGGGGACUUGUUUCCUAAAGAAGCGUGCUUUAACUGCCGUGAAGAAAAUCAUUUGGUGGUAAAUGUUUGUGUUUCAUGCAAGACAAGACUAUGUGAAGAUUGCUCUUUCAAACAUAACUCCAGAGAUCAUGAAACCGUGCUCGUGGAAGACUUCUUGGGAGGAAAAUUUCCCUGUUUAACAUGCAAUGAUGAAGCUUAUCACCAUUGUCGUUCUUGCAAUUCUGAUUUUUGUCACGAAUGCAGAGUUGACCAUCAAACAAAUGGCUUACUUGAUCAUGAAUGGCUUGAUAUAAUAUCACAUGCCUUUAUUUUGAAAGACACUGCAUUACCAAAAUGCGGUCGUUGUGCUGCGGAUGAUGACGUACCUGCGUCUGCCUAUUGCCUUUCCUGUAAAAUCCCAUUGUUACUUUGUGAUAACUGUUCGACAGAACAUGAACAAGAGUAUGCAGACCAUGUUCUGUGUCAUAAUAUAACUGAUUACACCGCUGAGGAAGGAUUUGAGGUAACAGCAGAGGAAGAUUACUCAAGCGAGAACACAGUUAUUAAAUGCACACCUUGCACAUUCAAUCAAGAUGAUAAUGAAGCCGUGUGCUUCUGUUUAACGUGCAAAGAACCCGAGCCAAUGUGCGAUAAAUGUAGAGCACAACAUCUCCGAGAGAAGAAAACACGAGGACAUAAAAUUUGUCACGACUUGGAGAAAAUCCCAAAGCCAGAAACAUCAAGCAAAGUCAUGUGUGAAAAUUGCACUUACAGGGGAACCAAACGCGUUGCUACUGGUGUCUGUCUGACUUGUAGAGAACCCAAGGCUAUGUGUGACGACUGUAUAAAAUUACAUUUGAAGCGGAAGAAAUGUCGGAAUCACAAAAUCAAUCGAUAUGUACAGCGGAAAAUAGUACUAUGCGAACCAUGUAGAUAUGAAAAUAUUACAAACCAUGCAACACAAUUUUGCCUAGAUUGUGAAGACCCUGAACCAAUGUGCCAGAAUUGUGCAAAUCAGCAUCUAAAACAACGAUCUGGUAGAGGUCAUUCUCUUAGUGCAGACAUUAGUGAAAUGGCAGAAUUUCAAAGUGCAUCUCUAAACGCUACCAUGACUGCUGGAAGGAUAUCUACCUCAAAGGCAAUCGAAGAGAAGAUAACUAAGACACCUGGGAAACCAAAAGCGUUGCAAAUCCGAUCAGACUCGGUUAGAAUCUUUUGGACUAAAUCAGAGGAAAUGGUGGACUAUUAUCAAAUUCGUUAUAAAAGUAAAGGUGGUGAAGAAAAGUGGAAAUUUGCUGAAACCGACAAUAAUCACAACCAAAUAACCAUCAGUGGUUUAAUGGCCGAUAAAAUGUAUGUUUUCCAAGUUCGAGGUGUAUUUGAAGAUCAGGAAGGGAGUUAUGGACCUGCAAAUGAUGCGGUGAAAACAACUGAAUCGUUGGCUACAUACUUGCUCAAAUUUUCAAUUCGAAUAGACGAUAAGAAUCCACCAAAGUAUCAGCUCCUAGCUCAAGAACAUAAAUCAUGUAGAAACCCUACAGCAAAAACAAGGAAGUUGAUUCUUGGCAAUCCAAAUCUGAGAUCAGAGGAUGAAAAAACAAUCAUGCUAGUUGGGGCAACUGGUUCUGGGAAAAGUACACUAGUUGAUGGUAUAGUGAAUUACGUCAUGGGUGUAAGUUUUGAUGACCCGUUCAGAUUUACCCUUGUGCAGCUAGAAGAGGAGGAAAAAAAGACACAUAACCAGGCAAUUUCCCAAACAGAGUGGAUAACUGUUUACAAAAUAGCGCCACAAAAGGGAAGUCGAUUGUCGUACACUCUCAACAUCAUCGACACGCCGGGGUUUGGAGAUACCAGAGGAAUAGACAGAGAUCAUGCUAUAAUAGACCAAAUCCGUCAUCUGUUUUCGGCUAAAGGAGAACAGGGAGUUCUCUUCCUUGAUGCCGUUUGCUUUAUUGUAAAGGCUCCAGAUGCACGACUUACUAUUUCACAAAAGUAUAUAUUUGGUUCCAUUAUGUCGUUGUUUGGCAAAGAUAUUGAGUCAAACAUUUGCACUUUAAUAACAUUUGCUGAUGGCGCCGAACCCCCCGUUCUUGCCUCUCUGAGGGAGGCAAACCUACCAUUUGGCUCUACUUUUCAAUUCAAUAAUUCUGCUUUAUUUGCAGAAAACAAAAACCUAUCCUCCACAUCACUGUCACUUAUGUUUUGGGAGAUGGGGUGUAAUAGCUUUCAAAUGUUUUUUAAGCAAUUGCACCACUUUGAAACAAGAAGCCUUUCCCAAACGAAAGAUGUUUUGCAAGAAAGAGAACAACUGAAAAUGAUCAUAUCUAAUAUUUUACCUCAGGUGAAAGCUGGUCUAUCAAAACUGGCAGAACUGCGAGAUCAGCUGGAGAUAUUCAAAAAACAUAAGGACGACAUAGAAAAUAAUAAAGAUUUCACAUACGAGGUUGAAGAAACAAAACAGUUUAUGAUUGAUUUACCACGGGGUCAACACGUAACUAACUGUAUACAGUGCCAUAUUACAUGUCAUGAGGAUUGUAUGUAUGCAGACGACUCAGAAAAAAGGAAUUGUAGUGCAAUGAGAAAUGGUUACUGUAGAAUUUGCGUUGGAAAAUGCAUCUGGUCAGAUCAUAAGAACACCCCCUAUAUCUUUAAAUAUGCAACUGAAAAGGUAACUAAGACAUACACAGAAAUGAAACAAAAAUACGAAGAUGCAAAGGGUUCUACAUUGACCCACGAAAGCUACCUAGAGGAACUCACUUAUGAUGUAGAUUACCUUUUCGGAAAUGUAAAUAUGAUGAUGACAGAAAUGAAAAAAUGCAAAGCUAGGUUAAAAGAGAUAGCCUUGAGACCCGAUCCUCUAUCUGCAGUAGAGCACAUCGAUCUCAUGAUCCAAGCCGAGGAUACAGAAAGACAGCCGGGGUACUGGCGGCGAAUAAAGAUGCUAAAUGAAAUAAAGCGCAUGGCCCUGGUAGAUAAACAAGUCGAGAACUUUGAUCAAAAUUUCCGGCUAACAAAAGGUGAUAUCUCUUCCGCUGUUGGUAAAACAUUCGAGGGUUCUGGACGCGCUCCCAAGAAAGGGAAAGGAAAUGUACUGAUGCGUGGAGUCAGUUAUUUGAAAUCCUUCUUCUAGAUGUGUGGAAGUACAACGGCUUAACAUUAUCAAAAUGUUUUAUAACACACAUCGUUGCUUUAGACUGUAAAGAAUUUCUUAACGUUAGCUAAAUACAAGACAGAAAUCAUUCAUACAGGGCAUAAAUAUACGAUAUAUCGCUAUCCUUCUGAGUUAUUAUUUCAAUGAAUAUCAGAUGCCGGAAAAUUGUAUCUAUAUUAUUUUUGAGACAUGAAUCCAAUUGGAAAACAUUUCAAUAUUAUCUAUAUAAUGUCUAUAUUUCAAACCUGCAAAAUCAUUGAAAAGGUUAAUGGGUCUUAACUCUCACCAGAGUGUCUCAAACUAUGAAAAGCAAAUGUUGUGUGGAUUUUCACCAAAAACAUUCCAAGGAAGAUAUAUUGAUGACCUUGAUCUUGGCCGUAUGAUAUUGGACCCAAGUCUUCAUUUUAACUAUUUGAUUUAAUAACUCCCACCAUAGGGCUGAACACUUCACCAAGGUUGCGAUAAAACGUUCCUAACAAUGGUACUUUAGAAACCCAUUCUGUCUACUAGAAUAUUUCUACAUGACCUACAUCUAUUUAGCUCCACCCUGGGACCAUGAAUUUGAAAAUGUUGUUCGAGGUCACGAUGUUCAUCUUAAAGAUUGCAUGAUUUUUUGAAGUUUUUGUUCACUGAAAACGCCCGAAGGGGCCGUGGCAUUGAAUAUUCAUAAAUUAAGUUUAGAUGAUACAUAUCAAUUUUGGUGGAGGUUGGAACGUACCUAAAUUUACAACUCACAAUCAAUGGACGGACGCGUCAUUGUCUCUAUCUAAAAGGUUUAGAGUGCAAGUUGGUUUAAACAGAACGUUUCAUACGUGAUAAAAUGUAAAUGAAUUUUUUUCAAAAUACUGUAGAAAAUGUUUUUAUAUGUAUUCUUUUUCACAUUAUAACUUUGGAGAUUGUUUCGUUCCAUUAUCAUUGUAUAUACACAUUCCAUACAUUUAAUGUACUUCCAUAUGCCACUCUGUAUCAUUUCAUUUGCUUUUAUAAACGCUAUAUGCAUGCCGUUUUGGGGACCCCCCCCCCCCGAAUGUGUGUGCUUUUGAUUUUUUUUCUUGUUUUCUGUUUUCGGAGAGGAGGGGUGUUAAUGUACUCAUUGUUUUUAAUCAUAUCCUUUGUAUGUAUACAGAUGCAAGAAACAAAAACAUGAUUUACUACAUCUUAGCGUGGAGGCGAAUCAUGUGAUUUUGAUAUGAUCAAUUACACGGAAAAUGCCGAGGAAAUUCAACACAAGGGAAAAUUCAAAAACGCAUUGUCACAUAACUAAACUUAUAUCAACAUUUGAAGAAUUUCCUCAGAAACAAAUCUAUACUAAAACGGUAGUUCUCUGCGCGGUAGAAGCGGAGAACACCGACAGUUUUUUUUAUUUCAGUCAAAAAUGUUCCGACUGCCAAACAACUGUCAAUAUUCCCUGUAGCUACCGCGCGUAGAACUAUCAUUUUAAUAUCGAUUUGUCCUGGGGAAAAUUCUUCAAAUGUUGAUAGAAGUUAUGUGACAAUUCGUUAUUCAUAAAGGUGUUACUUACACGUUUAAAUUUUCCCUUCUGUUGACAUUUGUCCGCAUUUUUUUUUUUUUUUUUUUUUGGUCAUUAAUCGUGUCAAAUUCACGUGAUUCGCCACUGUACCUAGGAUAUAAUAUAAUAAUUUAAAGAAAGUCAUGCGGAUUAUUCAGUUUGCUCUAGUUUAAAAUUCAUUCUAUAAACAAUUGAUUUGAAUUUCAGUACAUGUACAAUAAGCUUGUGUGACAAUGAAUGCAAAUAAAGAAGUAAUUCAUUUUGAA